ACAUGAUAAGAGGAAUAUGGCUGCCACAGUUUUCAAUUUUUAGUUGAUGGCAUUUUGAUUAGUAAAAUAAUAUUUACGAUUUCUCAUUUUAUAAUUAUUUAUCAACUGCACAUCAAUAUGCAUAAUUAUUGAUCAUUCAAACCUAUUAGUAUUAACAUCUUAUUGUAAUGUUUCUGCAGGUGUAAUUAAUGUAAAUUUUUGUAAAGAACACGAAUAUUAAAAAUAAAAACUAAAUUAUAAUUAAAUUUGUUUUUACCAAUUUGUAAAGAAGAUGAAAAAUAUUUUAUUCUUUUGUAUUACAUUAUAUGUGGCAUCCGUGAAGUGCUUAUACUUCCAUAUUGGUGAAACUGAACGAAAAUGCUUCAUUGAAGAAAUUCCAGAUGAAACAACAGUUGUUUCUCACUAUAAAGUUGAACUAUUUGAUGUACGAACUGGAGGUUUUACGCCUCCUUCACCUGGCAUUGGUAUGAAUGUUGAAGUUAAAGAUCCAGAUAUGAAAAUUAUUUUAUCUCGUGUAUAUAGUUAUGAAGGUAAAAUUUCAUUUACUUCUCAUACACCAGGUGAACAUAUAAUAUGUUUAUAUUCAAAUACUACAGCUUGGGUUAGUGGUACACAACUGAGAGUUCAUUUAGAUAUCCAGGUUGGUGAUCAAGCAAUUGAUUAUGCUCAGGUAGCACAAAAAGAAAAACUGUCAGACCUACAAUUGAGAAUUAGACAAUUAGUAGAACAAGUCGAACAGAUUACAAAAGAACAAAGUUACCAAAGAUUCCGUGAAGAAAGAUUUCGUCAAACUAGUGAGAGUACACAUCAACGUGUGUUUUGGUGGUCACUUACACAACUGUUCAUAUUAUUGGUCAUGGGCUUUUGGCAAAUGAGACAUUUAAAAAGUUUCUUUGAAGCUAAAAAACUUGUUUAAAUAAGUUUAUUGUACUUUAAUGCUUAAGUAAAAAAAAGAUGUAUGAUUUUAUAUCUUUGUAUUACAAUAAAUAUGUAUUCAAUAUAUUUUUA